AUGAAUGGAGUCGCGCACACACGCUCUCGACCUCGGCAAGGAGUUGACAUAUGCACUGAGCUCCUCUACCAGCCGCUGACUCUGCUCGACUGCCUUCACACAUACUGCGGCGCGUGUCUCAAGGAGUGGUUCCGCUUCCAGGCCGAAAAGGUCGGCCGCGCACGCACGCCGCCACCUCCAGACGCAAUCAUCUUCACAUGCCCGUCAUGUCGGAGCUCCGUGCGGGACACGCGGCACAAUGCCACCGUCGCGACCCUCCUUGAGAUGUACACUGCUGCGAAUCCCAACAAGCAACGACCCGAGGCCGACAAGCGGGAGAUGGAAGAAAAGUACAAGCCCGGCGACCAGGUUCUGCCCAAAGUCAAGACCCGGGAACGUACGGCUGAGGAGAAGCGGCUCGAGGAGGAAGACCGGAGGCUGAUGGACGAGGUCAGGGAGAUGAGCCUGAGGGAGGCUGUUGAAGCAGCCAUGCCAGAGAGCCAACAGGCCAGGUCCGCUCGGAGACAUGCAGAUGGGCGAAGCAGCGAUGGGCGGGCUCGAUCCAACUCCGAGUAUAGAUCGGAUGGCCAUCCGCAACGAGCAAGAGACGGAACGGGGAGAAACGGUCAGAGCAACGCCGAAUAUCUGUCUCCCGAAGGCGAGUCGCAGUCUCGGAGCAGACGAAGCGAGUCCCGGCAGCGCCAGGUCGAGCAUCAGUCGUCACUGCGGUCCCUGAUCGGGUCCGAGAUGAGCGAGCGGGACAUUGAGAGGGAAAUCGAGGAAUUCGCACGGCAAAUCCAAGAAGAGGGGCUUUUGGAUGGCCUCGAUCUCGACAACAUCGAUUUGAGCCGAGAUGACGAGCUCAGUCAACGCAUCACGGAAGCGUAUAGGAGGCGCCAAAGGGGCCGUUCGCGACAGGAGCAGCCGGAGAGACGACCCGAAGCCCGGGCACGGAACAGCGCCUCAUCCAGAUCAAGAGAUUACAGGCUGCGACCUGAUAAUGCUCGACCGCAAAGCCGGCAUCGGGCGCAUUCACGAUCAACGAGCGAGGUGGGCGACAGGAAUAGACCGCCAGUUUCGCCAUCAGCCAAUCUCGGGGUACGGGAGCCGGAGACGAGGGCAAGGAGACGAACAACUAGCGGCGGCCAUCACUCGACGACCGCCGUGCCGCCCAACAACGGCUCCUCGCUCUCUUCCAUGGAUGCUAGGCCUGCUGCUCACUCUCAGAACGAUUUGGGUCUGAGGAGAGAACAUAGCGAUUUUGAUCCUUCGGCAUCCGUCCCUGCUCUUAGGAUCGGUAGAAGCUCCAGUUCAACGGCCGUACCGGCUGCUGCUCACCCAGCAGAUACUCCACCAAGGCCCAAUGGGAAUAUCGCGUCGUUUGCGAGCCGUACACAGAGCUACCCAUCCACAUCCACGCCGUCGCAUGCAAUCCCCCCUGAAUUGAUGGAAAUCACAGCUGCACGGAACUCCAAGCAAAGCCGACCAACCGAAGUGGUAAGCCCACCGGCCUCUCUGGUAUCUAGCCCUGUCGAGAGCCCAAUGGCGGCGCCCUCCAGGCACCAGCGCACACAAUCCCAGCUGUUCGAAGAGCCUUCAAUCAGCUGCUCGCGCUGCCGAAAAGCCAACAUCCAGUACGAUGUGCACUACAACUGCAGGGUGUGUAACGACGGGCACUGGAAUUUGUGCGUGGACUGCUACCGGUCCGGUAAGGGGUGCCUUUACUGGUUCGGAUUUGGCUAUGGGGCCUGGAAGAAGUGGGAGAAGCGCAAGCAGGCCGACGACACGAUUGCCAUGCCUCACAUGCUGAACGCCGGUCGCUAUAUGCGGCCAGCCUCAACAACCGCCAGCGCUGACGGUAAGAAGACAAUGACGACCGAUGAGCCAAGGUCGAGGCUGGAGACGGGCACAUUCUGUGCGCGGUGCUUUGCAUGGACCAACGAGUGCUUCUGGCGCUGUGACGUCUGCAACGAAGGCGACUGGGGGUUCUGCAACAACUGCGUAAACGAGGGCAAGUCGUGCAGCCACAGGCUUCUGCCGUUGGCUCACGAAGCAACGCUCAAGUCCACGUACGUGCCUCGCAGUCCGCGGUCGGGCGGUCGGCCCUCUAGAGCGACUGUAAUCACAGCGUCGCAAUUAUCAGGAGUUGGUCCAUUCAGGCCACUCUCAUUCAAGGUCAGGUGCGACAUUUGCAAGGAUACCGUCCCGCCCUCCGAGUUGAGAUAUCACUGCUUCAGCUGCUCAAGCACAGCUGUGCAAGAUGCCACUCCUGGCGACUAUGAUAUAUGCACCUCGUGCUACAGCGGCCUCGAGUCAAAGGGGGACAUUAGCGAAGAGAACGGCUCGUCGGGCUGGAGAAGGUGUCCCAGUGGCCACAGAAUGGCUAUUGUUGGGUUCAUGGAAGGCAAGCUUGGACACUGGCGGUUUGUGGAAAAAGAUGUCGUUGGCGGGAGGGCCCUCCGUUCCGAGCCUCUCGAGAACAUUGCGCAUCCCGACUUUAUGAAGUGGUCAUGGCUCGGCGAGAUUGUGUAUGCACGCGACUUCCCACCGGAUGGAGGUUCUGGCUUGACGGCCCAUGCCAUGUGGGCGUGGUAUCCCAAACCUGGCGCCGAGGACGAGCUGAUGUUUCCGCGCGGAGCCGACAUCCAGGAGAUACGGGAUCUCAACGGCGACUGGUUCUUUGGGACGUAUAUGGGGGCCAAGGGCGUGUUUCCGGCGCCCUAUGUGAAGCUGCCACAACAGCCAUGA